AUAAUGUCACCGCGUAACGGUUCGUGUGUGGCUGAAUCAAGCUCUGUACGUAGUUUGUCUUCAGACGAUGUAUCUGCAAGCAAGUCGAGUAAAAAAAAAUCAUGUUGGAAACGUGCUACUGAUCCAGCUCAUCGCCGGGGUCGCCGUAUUCAAUUACUUCAAAUGCUCGUUCUUCCUUUUAUACCAAUACUCGCGCUUAUUGUACAGACUGCUAAUACUCUUCAUGAUAUACUUAUCUAUCGACAAGAAGUAUCCGAUAUUGAAGCUCAGGUAACAAUUGCAACUGACCUGGGUAAAGUUGUUACUGGAAUGCAAUUAGAGCGCUCCGAAGUGGCAUUCUUCAUUUACACAAACGGUAGCCGUCUAAGGUUCAAUUUGACCCAACGAUAUUUUAUCACCGAUCAGACUCUGAUGAAUAUGACAACCUGGCCAUUGGCUUCAGUACCUCGUGAUGAAUCUAAAACUCAAACUUAUGAUGUCGUAAAUAAAGCAGCUUUUCAAGCACGUCUUGAUGAUUUUAGAGAAAAAAUAAGCCCUGAAGAAAGUACGAUGGCUGAAGUAAUGGCCUGGUAUACGAGUGUAAAUGCCGCGAUGCUCGAUAUUUUAACAAAUCAAAUAAAAGAAACUGACAAUAGCGGUGUUUGGAGGUAUUUAAUAGCUUUUAAAAAUCUAUUGCGGAGUAUUGAGAGUAUUGGUAUAGCUUCCGUGUACGGUAUCAAUUACUUUGGACGUGGUAUACUCAUGGGCGACAAUUACGUCAGUUAUGUUCGACAUGAAGCACUUGGUAGAGAUCUUUUAAAUGGCUCGCUCACCUAUGUACCGAGUUUAAAGAGUCUGUAUGCUGAGCUUACGCGCACUAUGCCUGGAUAUGGAAAAAUUAAAUCCAGAAGAGAUGAAAUACUGAGAAAUUUUAGGCGCGAACCAAAUUUCGAUGACGCCAUUGCUUAUUUUGAUUCAAUGGCAAUGUAUGUCGAUGAAUUACGUAAAUUACAAAGUGCAUUGCGCGAUAUGAUAAGAGACUAUGUUAAUUCAACCUUAAAGGACGCAAGUAAUAAACAAGCUGCGGGGAUCGCUAUUGUUGUCUUAGUGCUUGUUAUAUCACCGAUAAUUAUCAUACUUGUACGCAAUGCGGUUGCAACUAUUCAGAUGUAUGCAGCAAAUUUAGCGCAAAAAGCCCGUGAACUAAAGCGCGAAAAACGUAAAAGCGACACAUUAUUAUUUCAAAUGUUACCACCGAGUGUUGCACAGCAGCUGAAGCAAACGCAGCAGGUACCCGCUGAAUACUAUGAGGCUGUUACUGUUUACUUUAGUGACAUUGUUGGAUUUACUGAAAUAGCAGCUGAAAAUACACCUCUAGAAGUCGUGACAUUCUUAAACUCAGUAUACAAGUUAUUUGACGCACGUAUCGAGUGUUACGAUGUUUAUAAAGUAGAAACUAUUGGUGAUUCUUAUAUGGUUGCUUCUGGAUUACCCGUUAGAAAUGGUGAUAAACAUGUUUCGGAGAUAGCAACGAUGGCGCUAGAUCUUUUAGCAGCUUCAUCAGUAUUCCAAGUACCUAAACGUCCUGGUGAACGAUUACAAAUACGUAGCGGUGCUCAUACUGGUCCAGUUGUUGCUGGAAUAGUUGGUACUAAAAUGCCACGUUAUUGUUUGUUUGGAGAUACCGUCAAUACUGCUAGUAGAAUGGAGUCCACUGGAGAAGCUCUACGUAUUCAUAUAAGCCUGGAGAUGAAGAAAGCUUUAGACGCUGUAGGAGGCUUCAAAAUUUCACACCGAGGACUGGUAGAUGUGAAAGGAAAAGGACUGAUGGAUACUUAUUGGUUGGAAUGCAAAGAUGGAGGAAUUGCACGUGCAGCGGAAUUGGAUUUGCCUACAUUCUUUGAAGAUGUGCGGCCGGUAUUCAUGAGACGACUUCGCGAGGAUGAUACGCUUUGAUGUGAGCCCU